AUGGCAGCGGCCACAGCGCAGCCGAUGGGAAACCUGCCCAGCGGGAUCGGAAUAUGCACCACCGCACCCGACAUCUUUUACCUGCCUGAACUGGUGUUUGGGGGUCUGGUGUGGAUCUUGGUGGCCUCUACUCGUGUGACGCCAGAGAAUCCUCAGGGCUGGGUAAUGUUCGUCUCUGUCUUCUGUUUCGUCAUGACCUUCCUCUGGCUCAUCAUCUUUGCUUGUGGGGGCCACAAGAACAGCGGAAGGUGGGCGGCAGCGGACUUUGCAUAUCACGGUUUGGCUGCGCUUUUCUACCUCAGUGCCUCCGUCCCCCUCGCCACUACAACAAUCAGCAUGAGAGAUGUCAACUUUACAUAUUACCAGAUCGAUAUUGCUGCUGUGGUGUUCUCCUACACGGCCACACUUUUCUAUUUUAUCCACUGCAUCCUGUCAGCCAUCCGCUGGAAGUCUUUCUGA